AUGGAAAUUGAGAAACCUUGCAUGCGCAAUACUCAUACAAAUUCAACUGUAAAAUAAUUCACAUGAUAUAUAUUCAAGUAUCGUUUCAGCUCUAACUCAAACUAUAAGGACCGACAAAUAAAUUCUUUCAAUAAAUCAUCAAAACUACAUGGGCUUAUUAGCAAUUAACCAGAUCUUUUUUUAUUCUGUUUUUUCUUUUUUUUCUCCUAAUCUUCUAAUCUAAUCUGUGGCGGACAGCCCACUGAUGAAACACGCACUAGCAGAAAGUAUAAACUAUAAAACGCUCAUCCUUUUUUUCCUUUGAUCAAAAUCUCUAAACAUUAAUCAUCAUUCCCAAGAAACAAAAAAAAAAAAAAUCAAACACAAUGACGACGAACAGAGGAGGCUCUGCUCCGGCAACCACUUCAUCAUCUCAGCCAUCAUCAAUCCAGGAAGAGGAAAUCCAUACCGAAUGUUGCAUGUGUGGUGAUUUGGGCUUGUCUUCCGAGCUUUUCCGAUGCAAAAUCUGCCAUUUCCGAUCCCAACACCGGUAUUGCAGCAAUACAUACCCAAAAGCAGAGUCUUACAGUGUCUGCAAUUGGUGUCUGAAUAAGAAGGAAGAAACAGGGGAGAAAGCCCAAAAUUCAAUAAAUUCAUCCUCGUCGAAUAAAAGUUCCACAAGUAAAAGUGAUCAGGAUGAUCAUAUGAUAACCAGGAUCAAGAAGAAGAGUGUUAAUAGCAAUAUUGGAGCCAGAGAUGGGAAUAAUUCGAAGAAUAGUGAAAAGGGUUCGUUGAAUAAGGUGAAUGUGACUAAUCAUUCCAUCAAGAAACAGAAGUCAUCUUCGCCGGAGAGAUCGCCGGCAUUACUAGCUGCCAGGAAGAGGAUCACCACCGCGACGGGCACCGCGGCCGCCGGUGGUGGUGGUGGUGGGACGAUGAAGGAGAAUUUGAGGAGGACAAAAUCGGAUAUACCAGGAAGUGUGAUCUACAAACACGUUUUCAAGAAUAAGGUCAGACGGUAUAAGCUUUUAGAUGAGGUUUCAAGUUAAUAUCUUUUUCUUCCCUUAUUGUAUAGAAAAUUUUCUUUCUUAUACUAGCAGAAAGAUUUUGCAGAGAAUUGAUUUAGGGUUCGUUUUAUGGAACCCUUGAUGUUUGAUGAGGCUUAAGAUGAUUUAGUACUAUUUUCUUUUUCCGGUAUUUUCAGUAGAAAUUUCAUUAAUUUAUGAGCAUUGCCAAUGUGAAUGAACUUGGGAAAAGGGGGAAUCAAGAGCAAUUGAAUCAAAGUGCUGAUUAAUUUAGUCCACAGAUUAAUUUCAGGUUUUGAGAUCAUUGUAAAGACUGACCUAAGUAUCUUAUCACAAGUUGUUUCUUGUACAUUCUUGAAACUAUAGUGACAAGUUGUCGUGUUACCUUGGCAAUUAGGCAAUUGGACCGUUUUAAUGUUGCAUUUCUCUCAGUCAUAUUUAAAUAUUAUAUUACUUCCGCAUCGAAAAAAAUAGUCAGUUUUGAGUUUUACAAUGUUUUUAACACAAAUUUGAAAUCUCAAUAUGGAUUAUUUUUUUAAGACAGAAGUAUAAUUUAAUUUGUGUCUUAUAAAACGGACUUAUUUUCUUUCUUGUAAUGGCGUUAUUUCAUAAAUUGCACGUCUCGUACAUUAUGGAAAAUGAAAUAUCAUUACAUUAAACACUAAUCUCAAAUUACCAGUGUAAUUUAGGCGACAUGAUCAAACAGUCCUCUAAGAAAAGUGUUGUUUGAUUGCUUGAACUAGUCGCCUAAAAUUGGUUGGAAGAGAAAAGUGUUUUUUUUUUGGGGGGUAACAGAAAAACCUAUCAAAGUAAUUAAGAAACAAUUAAUUCAAUUAUUCAAAGGAUAUUCUUCUUCAUUUUUAUUCAGUUUGGAUCGAUCUCAGCUUGUAGACCUAGAAAUAUGGUACUACUCCAUUAGCAGCAUUAUCGAAAAGUGCAUUGUAACAUAACACAAGCAGACAAACCCCGAUCCGGUAGUGAAAAAGAAAUUGAUUAAUUAGUCUUCACUAAACCAAGCAAAGUUGUAUAGGUUGAUGUGGAUCGAACGCGUAAGUACUAUCUUUAGCUUUUCGUUAAGAUUAAUGAUUAUUCUAAGACGACCUCGUGAUGUGUGCUAAUUAACACUGAUUAUCGUUCACAUACAAUGCACUUUUAACCAGAUCUACUUAAACACUAGUACUAUAUGCUUAAGUACUAUAUAUGAUGAUUGAAUCAUGUUAAGCAAAUCAUUUUUUUUUUUCUUUGGUUAUACUAUUUUUGAAUCUUUGUUUGCGAUGAUGAUGAGGAGGAGGACAUGCAACCAUGUUCUUGGCGGGUUCAUGGGACAUAUGUUGAUUAAG